AACCGUUUGUGUGAAGAUACAGAGCGAUACAGGGCUUACAUUCUUCGUGCGGACCAAGGCGGAGAUCUACUGAAAACAGCGAUGGAAUCUGCGAUUCUCGCCACCAAACCGGCGCCUUCAGCCGCAAUCCCUCUUUCGUCCUCGUGCAAGAUGGGUGUUCAACGGCGAGCCCAUAACGACAGUGCUGCCGUCCUGUGGAGACCCUGGCUGGCGACCAGCGGGGACGCGCAAAGCGGGUGCCCGAGGAGCAGACGAGCAUGUCCCUACUCCCGGCUCACAGCCCCAGGGACCAGCGCUGUCGAUGUGAAGGCCCAGUCCUUUCAGCACCCAGUCAGGCUCUUCUGGCCCAAAUCCAAGUCUUACGAUUAUCUGUACAGCGACGGAGAGGCUCUCCUCAGAAACUUCCCCGUCCAGGCCACCAUCAGCUUCUACGACGAGUCGGACAGUGAAGAUGAUGAUGAUGAUGAUGAUGAAGACGAGUGGGAGGAAGAGGAGAGCGACUCGGAGAGCUGUCAGAAGCAACAGUCUCAUUUCACCUGCUGGAACUGAGCUCUGGAUCCCCACUCUGGACACUACAGCACAAUCUGCACAACUCUGCUGCUCUGAUCAGUGCAUCCCCAUCUCCCUCUGCUGCUCUGAUCAGUGCAUCCCCAUCUCCCCCACUGCAAGCACAAUGCUGAUUGUCUCAUUUAACCUGGCAGCUCUGCUCCUUCUGACCAUAGCCCAGCAGACAGAUUCACAUGAAUAUAAUGUGAAUGUAAACGCACAGUGAGCGCAAAGUCAAAGCACAGCUACAAUGGGAUGGUCUGAGCUUCUCUUAAGACUGAGCUGAGCUGCUCAGUGCUGAACGGUUAGCUGCAUCUAAAUGUCAAAGUCUUCUGACGGGUGAUGUAAUCCUCGCUGGGAAUUACAUCACUAUGGAAUCUCACAUUGGGAUGAUUAUUUUAUUUUCAAAUAAUCUCAGUUUGAGAGCUAUGUACA